CCGCAGAAGAGAGGAGCGGACAGAGGAGAGGCGGCAGCAGCAGCGGGAAGAGUGGAGCUUACAGGAUGGCGACCGUGGUGGUGGAAGCGGAGUCGGAGCCGUCCUGUAGCAUCCCUAACCCGACAUCUACCUCUCCCAGUCUUUCGCACCGCUUUCUGGACAGCAAAUUUUACCUGUUAGUGGUCAUCGGAGAGAUAGUGACUGAGGAGCACCUGCGACGAGCCAUAGGCAACAUCGAGCAAGGAAUCCGAUCAUGGGACACAAACCUGAUUGAAUGCAACUUAGAUCAAGAACUGAAACUUUUUGUAUCCCGACACUCUGCACGAUUUUCUCCUGAUGUUCGAGGACAGAAAAUUCUUCACCACCGAAGUGACGUUUUAGAGACUGUCGUCCUGAUCAACCCUUCAGAUGAAGCAGUCAGCACUGAGGUGCGCUUGAUGAUUACAGAUGCUGCCAGACACAAGCUGCUUGUGUUGACCGGACAAUGCUUUGAAAACACAGGAGAACUGAUCCUCCAGUCUGGUUCUUUCUCCUUCCAGAACUUCAUAGAGAUUUUUACUGAUCAAGAGAUUGGGGAAUUACUAAGUACCACCCAUCCUGCCAACAAAGCCAGCCUAACUCUGUUCUGUCCCGAAGAAGGGGAUUGGAAGAAUUCAAACCUUGACAGACAUAACCUUCAGGACUUCAUCAAUAUCAAACUCAACUCAGCGUCAAUAUUGCCAGAAAUGGAAGGACUUUCAGAGUUCACAGAAUAUUUGUCAGAAUCAGUGGAAGUCCCAUCUCCCUUUGACAUACUGGAGCCUCCCACAUCAGGAGGAUUUCUGAAGCUCUCCAAACCCUGUUGUUACAUUUUCCCAGGGGGGAGAGGCGAUUCAGCACUGUUUGCUGUAAAUGGAUUCAAUAUGCUUAUCAACGGAGGAUCAGAAAGAAAGUCCUGCUUCUGGAAACUUAUUCGACACUUGGACCGGGUGGACUCCAUUUUACUCACCCACAUUGGAGAUGACAAUUUGCCAGGAAUCAAUAGCAUGUUGCAGAGGAAGAUAGCUGAAUUGGAAGAGGAGCAGUCCCAGGGCUCCACCACCAAUAGUGAUUGGAUGAAAAACCUGAUCUCCCCUGACUUAGGAGUUGUCUUUCUCAAUGUACCUGAAAACCUGAAAAACCCUGAUCCAAAUAUCAAGAUGAAGAGGAGCAUUGAAGAGGCUUGCUUCACCCUCCAGUACUUAAACAAACUGUCUAUGAAACCAGAACCUCUCUCUAGAAGUGUAGGGAAUACCAUUGACCCAGUCAUUCUUUUUCAGAAGAUGGGAGUAGGGAAACUUGAGAUGUAUGUGCUCAACCCAGUCAAGAGUAGCAAGGAGAUGCAAUACUUUAUGAACCAAUGGACUGGCACCAACAAAGACAAGGCUGAACUAAUCCUGCCAAAUGGCCAAGAAGUAGAUAUUCCCAUUUCCUAUUUGACCUCAGUUUCCUCUUUGAUUGUGUGGCAUCCAGCAAACCCUGCAGAGAAAAUCAUCCGAGUCCUGUUUCCUGGAAACAGCACCCAAUACAACAUAUUGGAAGGACUAGAAAAACUCAAACAUUUAGACUUCCUGAAACAGCCCCUGGUCACCCAGAAGGAUCUCUCUGGCCAAGUGGCUAGUCCAGCAGUGAAACAAGUAAAACUGAAACAGAGAACCGAUAGCCGGGAAAGUCUCAAACCUGCUGCAAAGACACUCGCCAGCAAACCAGUCAGAAAGGAGUCUAAAGAAGAAACACCUGAAACAACUAAAAUCAAUCAUGUGGAAAAGGCACCCAAAAUUGAAAGCAAAGAAAAAGUGAUAGUGAAAAAAGACAAAUUAAUAAAAACAGAAACCAAAACUUCAGUGUCCGAAAAGGAGGUUUCCAACAAAGAAGAUCAUUCUGUGGUGAAGGCUGAGGUUCCUGAGAAGCAAGCCACAGAUGUCAAACCCAAGGUCACCAAGGACAAAGUUGUGAAAAAGGAAGUGAAAGCAAAAUCUGAUGAUAAGAAGGAAGAGAAGGAAAAGCCAAAGAAAGAGGUGUCUAAAAAGGAUGAAAAGGCUCCUCUUAAGAAGGAGGAGAAACCUAAAAAGGAAGAUGUUAAGAAAGAAGUCAAGAAAGAAGAGAAAAAAGAACUUAAGAAAGAGAUAAAGAAAGAAACGUCAUUGAAGGAAAUCAAAAAGGAGGUGAAAAAGGAAGAUAAAAAGGAAAUUAAGAAAGAUGAAAAGGAAAUCAAAAAAGACAUUAAAAAGGUACCUAAAGACUCAAAGAAAUUGUCUACUUCUCUCUCUGAAGCCAAAAAGCCUAUUUUGAAACCUAAAGUACAGAAGAAGGAAGAACCCAUCAAAAAAGAGACCACUGCCCUUGGAAAGCCAAAGGAGAAAGGGAAAAUCAAGGUGGUUAAGAAAGAGAGCAAGGUGUCGGAAACCACAGCAGCAGCUGCCAUUGGCACAGCUGCAACAGCUGCCACUGUAGUAGCAGCUGCUGGGAUAGCUACAACAGGUCCUGCAAAGGAACUUGAAGCUGAGAGAUCCCUCAUGUCCUCCCCUGAAGACUUGACCAAGGACUUUGAAGAACUAAAGGCUGAAGAGGUAGAUGUUCUCAAGGAGACCAAGCCUCAGCUAGAGCUAAUAGAAGACGAAGAAAAACUGGCAGAAACCGAACAGGUCGAAGCUUAUGUCAUCCAGAAGGAAACUGAAGUCAUUAAAGGUCCUGCUGAAUCUCCUGAUGAGGGCAUCACCACAACAGAAGUGGAGGGUGAAUGUGAACAGACCCCUGAGGAGCUGGAGCCAACAGAGAAGCACAGGGAAGAUGACAAUGAAAAGUUUGAAGAUGAAGGAACAGGUUUUGAAGAAUCAUCAGAAGCUGGGGAUUAUGAAGAAAAGGCAGAGACAGAGGAAGCUGAGGAGCCUGACUAUGAAGGCGAAGAGAAUGUGCCUCAGAUCAGUGCCAAGCAUGGCACAGAGGUCGUGAGAGCACUUGACGAGGAGGAGGAAGCUGAGGAAGAUAGAAAAGUUGAGGCAGAUGGACAUAGUAAGGAAAAAAGGGAAUCUCUGGCAGGUGGUGAUGAACGGGCUGAAGAAGACAUGAAUGAAAUCAUUGAGAAAGCAGAAGCUGAGGAGACAGAGGAGGAACUAGAUGAGGAGGAAAAAACAGAGGAUGCCAGAGAUGAUGAAUAUGAGAUGGAAAAACACCUAGCUGAGGAAGAUUAUGUGAUGGCUGUAGUAGACAAGGCAGCAGAGGCUGGUGAUGCUGAGGACAAAUAUGGCUUACUUCUUACUCCAAACAAGCAGUCAGGAGCCCAGUCUCCAGCCAGAGAACCUGCUUCUUCCAUUCAUGAUGAAACUUUGCCAGGUGGCUCCGAAAGUGAGGCGACCGUUUCUGAUGAAGAGAACCGAGAGGACCAACCUGAAGAAUUCACUGCUACAUCAGGGUACACACAGUCUACUAUUGAGAUUUCCAGUGAGCCCACUCCCAUGGAUGAAAUGUCUACUCCUCGAGAUGUGAUGAGUGAUGAAACUAACAAUGAGGAGAGUGAAUCUCCUUCUCAGGAAUUUGUGAACAUCACCAAAUAUGAGUCUUCUCUGUAUUCUCAAGAAUACACCAAGCCCAAGUUCCCUGAUGCGUUCAAUGGCUUAUCCGAUGGGUCAAAAACAGAUGCCACUGAUGGCAAAGAUUAUAAUGCUUCAGCUUCUACCAUCUCACCACCUUCAUCAAUGGAGGAAGACAAAUUUAGCAGAUCUGUUCUACAAGAUGCUUACCAUUCUGGUGACAGGGACAUGAAAACCACUGCUAUGCUAGAAAUCAAAGAUAGUCCAUCAGUAGUUGCAGAUGAAAAAAUUAGUCCAGCUAAAAGUCCAUCCCUGAGCCCAGCUCCUCUGUCUCCAGUAGCAAAAACACCCCUCGGGGAACGCAGUGUAAAUUUUUCUCUGACCCCCAAUGAGAUUAAGGUCUCUGCUGAAGCUGGAGUCAUCCCCAAAUCUCCUGAGGUACCUCAGGAAGUCCUUGAAGAACACUGUGCAAGCCCAGAGGAUAAAACACUGGAAGUUGUGUCUCCAUCUCAAUCUGUUGCUGGCAGUGCUGGCCACACUCCUUACUACCAAUCUCCCACUGAUGAGAAAUCCAGCCAUAUUCCAUCAGAUGUUACUGGAAAAGCGCCACCUGUUCCUGUAAGUUUUGAAUUUGAUGAUGCCAAAGAUGAGAAUGGGAAAACUUCAAUAAGCCCUAUGGAUGAACCAGUGCCUGACUCUGAGUCUCCAAUUGAGAAAGUCUUAUCUCCUUUGCGAAGUCCUCCACUGAUUGGAUCAGAAUCUGCAUAUGACACUUUUCUGAGUGCUGAUGUCAAGACCUCUGGCAGACACAUUGAGAGUCCUUUGGAAGAAAAGAUUGGAAAACAAGAUUCUCCAUCUCGGAUAAGUCCUGUUUCUGAGAUGACUUCCACUGAGAUUUUUCCAGAGAAACAAGAUGAGAAAUGCACUGAAUUUAUACCAAUAAAGGAAGAUUUGGGUCAGGAAAAGAAAAUGGAGGAUUUUGAAACUAUAGGUUCUCAGCCAGGCCUGACUUUGGAUGAAAGGAAGUUAGCAGGAGAUGUCUCUCCUACACAAAUAGAUAUCAGUCAAUUUGGAUCCUUUAAAGAAGACACUAAAAUGUCCAUUUCUGAAGGAACUGUCUCUGAUAAAUCAGCAACCCCUGUUGAUGAGGGUGUAGCAGAAGACACAUACUCUCAUAUGGAAGGUGUAGCUUCAGUUUCCACAGCUUCAGUUGCUACUAGUUCAUUUCCAGAACCAACCACUGAUGAUGUGUCUCCUUCUCUGCAUGCUGAGGUUGGCUCACCACACUCCACAGAGGUGGAUGAUUCCCUUUCAGUAUCUGUAGUACAAACACCUACUACUUUCCAGGAAACUGAAAUGUCUCCAUCUAAGGAAGAAUGUCCAAGACCAAUGUCCAUUUCUCCACCAGAUUUUUCCCCUAAAACAGCCAAAUCCAGAACACCAGUGCAAGAACAUAAAUCUGAACAGUCAUCAAUGUCUAUUGAAUUUGGUCAGGAAUCUCCUGAGCAAUCUCUGGCAAUGGACUUUAGUAGACAAUCUCCAGACCAUCCUACAGCAGGCAUGAGUGUACUCCAUAUUUCUGAAAAUGGACCAACCGAAGUGGAUUACAGCCCUGACAUGCAGGACUCCAGUUUUUCACACAAGAUACCCCCAGCAGAGGAGCCAUCAUAUGCCCAAGAUAAUGAUCUUUCUGAGCUCAUCUCAGUAUCUCAGGUGGAGGCUUCCCCAUCUACUUCUUCAGCACAUACCCCUUCACAGAUAGCUUCUCCCCUCCAAGAAGAUGCUCUCUCAGAUGUCAUUCCUCCCAGAGAUAUAUCAUUGUAUUCUUCACUCGCCUCUGAGAAAGUACAAAGUCUAGAAGGAGAAAAGCUUUCACCAAAGUCUGAUAUCUCUCCACUGACUCCAAGAGAGUCAUCUCCUUUAUACUCACCCAGUUUUUCAGAAUCCACCUCAGCAUUCAAAGAAAACACUUCCACUUGUCGCAGUCCUUCCCCAUCUGCAUCAAUGGGCACUUCAUCUGCUGAACCCUAUGGCUUCCGCUCCUCAAUGUUAUUUGAUUCGAUGCAACAUCAUCUGUCCUUGAACAGUCAUUUGUCUUCAUCUGGUACAGAGAAAGAACCAGAGGAGAAGAUGUCUGAUGAUUUCAGCUACACCUAUCAGAAAAGUGAGAAAACCACCAAGUCUCCUGAUGAAGAAGACUAUGCAUAUGAGACAUGUGAGAAAAAGACCCAUUCACCUGAAUUAGGCAGCUAUUCCUAUGAGAAGACAGAAAGAGCUACUAGGUCUCCACAUGAUAGUGGCUAUGCCUUUGAGACAUUUGAGAAGACCUUCAAGGCUCCUGAGGAUGAUGAUUUUACCUGCAAAAUUACAGAGAAGACCAGAAGGACUCCUGAAGAAGGUGGAUACUCCUUUGAGGCGAGUGAGAAGACAACCAGGACCACUGAGGUGGGAGGGUACACCUAUGAAAAGAUGGAGAGGACUACAAGACUCUUAGAUGACAUCAGCAAUGGCUAUGAUGAUUCUGAAGAUGGUAGCCAGACACCAGGAGAUUCUACUUACUCCUACGAGACUACCGAAAAAAUCACCAGCUUCCCUGAUUCUGAAAGUUAUGCCUAUGAAACGUCUAAGAGAACAAGCCAGACCCCUGAGUCUUCCACCUAUUGUUAUGAAACACCUGAGAAAAUUACUCGAACUCCCCAAGCUUCCACCUAUUCUUAUGAGACAUCAGACCAAUGUUUCACUGCAGAAAAGAAAUCUCCCACACAAGCCCGUCAGGAUGUUGAUUUGUGUCUGGUAUCUUCCUGUGAAUAUAAGCAUCCCAAGACAGAGCUCUCACCUUCUUUCAUCAAUCCCAACCCCCUAGAAUGGUUUGCCAGUGAAGAACAGACCCAGGAAUAUGAGAAACCCCUCACUCAAUCUGGAGGAGGACCACCACCCCCAGGAGGAAAGCAGCAAGGACGUCAGUGUGAUGAAACACCUCCCACCUCAGUCAGUGAAUCAGCUCCAUCUCAGACAGACUCAGAUGUUCCCCCAGAGACAGAAGAGUGUCCUUCCAUCACAGCCGAUGCCAACAUCGACUCUGAGGAUGAAUCUGAAACCAUCCCUACAGACAAAACUGUCACAUACAAACACAUUGACCCACCCCCUGUUCCAAUGCAGGACCGAAGCCCUUCCCCGCGUCACCCUGACGUCUCCAUGGUAGAUCCAGAGGCCCUCGCUCUUGAGCAGAAUCUAGGCAAAGCCCUAAAGAAGGAUCUCAAGGAAAAGACAAAAACAAAGAAACCAGGUACAAAGACCAAGUCCUCAUCACCUGUUAAAAAGGCCGAUGGGAAGUCUAAGCAGUCUGCUGCCUCACCCAAACCUGGCGGCUUAAAGGAGUCUUUAGAGAAGGUCUCCAGAACUACUUCUCCAAAGAAGAAGGAAUCUGCAGAAAAAACAACCAAAAGUAGCACCAUACCAGAAGUCAAAGCUUCUCGUUUAGAGGAGAAGGAUAAGGAGACCAAGAAUGCUACCAAUACCUCAACAUCAAAGUCAGCAAAGACUGCAACUGCAGGACCUGGACCUACCAAGACAGCCAAGGCGUCAGCUGUUCCUCCAGGACCUCCUGUGUAUCUUGACCUUGUCUACAUUCCCAACCACAGCAAUAGCAAAAAUGUUGAUGUAGAAUUUUUCAAGAGAGUGAGGUCAUCUUACUACGUGGUGAGUGGAAAUGACCCUGCAGCGGAAGAGCCCAGUAGAGCUGUCCUGGACUCCUUGCUGGAAGGGAAGUCUCAAUGGGGAAGCAACAUGCAGGUGACCCUGAUCCCAACCCAUGACUCUGAAGUGAUGAGGGAAUGGUACCAAGAGACCCAUGAGAAACAACAGGAUCUCAACAUCAUGGUUCUAGCAAGCAGCAGCACUGUUGUCAUGCAAGAUGAAUCCUUCCCUGCAUGCAAGAUUGAAUUGUAAAAAACAAACAAAAGAACACAACACAACCGUUAAACUUUGUUUCCAGAAAUUCUUCAAUUUGAAUUCACCUUUUCUAAAAAAGUUAACCCAUUCAAUUCAACUACUGAACUAUUUAGCUGCCAAAUGCUAUACUGUGUCAUGGUGAUGCAAGUCACUAAUACUUUUCAGUUUUUGCUGAUUGCUAAAGGGAAGUAACAGUAUUCCCACAAUAGGGUUCAAAUUACUGCAAAAUUAUAAAUCCUGGCUCAUCUCCACUGAACAUUUGGAAACCAUGCAUUAGCAAACCCAACUUGACUUCCGCCGAGUAGAGGCAUUUGUCUGAGAGAGAGAGAGAGAGAGAG